AUGACUGUGGGCCGUCUGAUCGUUAGACUGGGUGUUGGUUCUGCCGCGAUGAUCGUCCCACUGAAUAUCGUCGAAGUAGCUCCUGUUAAACAUCGCGGGCGUAUGAUCAGUCUCGACAACCUCUCGAUCACCACGGGCCAGCUCAUCAGCUACGGCAUCGGCGCCGCAUUUGCAAAUGUCAGCGCUGACGAGGCAGCCAAAGUGAUCGCCCAGAUCUUCACCGAUGGAACUCCGCUACAAGUCCAACAAAAAGUGCAGCAUAUCAUGAUUCACGUGGACCGGACACGAAACGAAGACAAGAGUCUUUGGUGGCUGAUCAAGCAGCUCGUGAUCCCUGCCAAUUACCGCGCCAUGUUCGCAGCCUGUGGUCUCAUGGAUAUUUCACAACUCGGCGGAUUCAUUUCUAUCCUCUAUUACUCAGGCACGCUCUUUGCCGCCCCACAAAUUUCGUCUUCACCCUUCACCUGGAUCAAUCUACUUCUAGUCGACCGUGUCGGCCGUCGCCAGAUCCUCCUACAUACACUAUGGGUGAUGGCGGCGGCGCUAACACUCGCCGCGAUUUGUUUCCACUGGAUCCCACUCAACCACGACCUCGAACUUACUUCGCACAAAAACAGCUGGGCCGCGGAUCUUGUCCUCGUUUGUAUGGUCGUCUUCGUGGCAUUCUACUCUGCCGGCGCAGGCUCGAAUGUGAUCGUGUCCUCCACUUUUCUCACACGGAUGGCAAAUACCACACCAUCGGGUGCAUUCGGUUUCUAUGCGACGGUGUGCUUCUUCGGCUGGGUCGGGGUCAUUUUCUGUUACCCGGACGUGAAGGGUAUGACGCUGGAGGAUAUUCGGGAAGUCUUCCAGCACGGCUUUGGCGUGCAGUAUGCGCGUGAAAUACAGCGUGGGGCGGAACAGCGUCGCGAUACCGCGAGGGAGAACGUGGGGGUCAUAAAUCAGGUUUGGAGUGGGGUGGAUGGAAGGAAUGUUGGGGUAAACCUCUAA